CUUGCCAAUAGAUCAUGAGUUUAGGAGUAUGAAAAAUGCAUUUAGGAAGAACACAAUUGAGCAAAACUAUCCACCUCCAAGACUUUCAGGAGAGGAAAUUUGGGAGAGGGCUGAGAAUUUUCCGAAAGUUACUGAAGAACCACCGUACAAGUUCGAUGGGUAUGGGCUUGCACAUAACUGGACCAAACAGAGCAUAUUUUGGGAGUUACCAUAUUGGAAGGAUAAUCUUCUCCGGCAUAAUCUUGAUGUCAUGCAUAUUGAAAAAAAUUACUUUCAUAAUUUAUUCAACACAGUGAUGGAUGUCAAGGGCAAGACAAAAGAUAAUCCGAAAGCUAGAUUGGACUUACAGGAAUAUUGUAGGCGUAAAGAUUUGUGGUUGCAAGAUAAACGGAACGGGGUCUUCAAGCCUAAGGCUAGUUAUUCAUUCACAAUGGAUCAGAAGCAAAAGAUUUGUGAAUGGGUUCAGAACUUGAAGAUGUCUGAUGGGUAUGCAUCAAAUUUGGAAAAACGUGUUGAUAUGGCGCAAGGAAAGUUACAUGGGAUGAAAAGCCAUGAUUGUCAUGUUUUCAUGGAAACUUUACUCCCUAUUGCAUUUAGUAGCUUGCCUACCAGAAUCUGGAAGCCUAUGACAGAAAUUAGUUUGUUCUUCAAAGACUUGUGUUCCAGCACGUUGAGGGAAGACAACCUGGAUCGGAUGCAUCAGAAUAUUCCUAUACUAACAAGUAAGUUAGAGAAAAUUCUUCCGCUGGGUUUCUUCGAUGUGAUGGAACAUCUUCCAAUUCACCUUGCGGAGGAAGCCCGACUCGGAGGCCCAGUUCAUUGUCAUUGGAUGUAUCCCUUCAAGAGAACUAUUGGCAAGUCUAAAUGGGGUAUCAAGCAGAAACAUAGAGUUGAAGGCUCAAUUUGCGAAGCCUAUCUUGCUAAGGAAACAACUCAUUUAUGUUCUUACUACUUUGGGGGUAAUGUGCCAUGCUUGCGAAACAGACCCAAUCGACAUUUUUAAGGAAGUGAGAAUGAUGCUUUAGCGAAGCAGAUAUCAAUGUUAAAUCGACCGGGUUUGGGUUCAAAAAAACGCACAACAGAAUUUAAUGAUAUGGAGUCUAAAUCUGCAUCGAUACAUGUCUUGCUAAAUUGCCUGAAAGUUCAACGAUA